AUGGUUGCGAAGGAAUGUCAAGAGGCGAAUCCAAACGAACAGAAGCUGUUUCACGAAACGAAGAUCUGUGGAAGAAAAGAAAUUUUAGAGAACGACUUUGAUGAUCGAUUUUUUAACUCACAAGGAGCGUGGAGUACUGGCGCUUAUUUUGCAGAUGAUCCUCGGAAAUCGCAUCGUCACACUAUAACUCCCGAAGGAAGCGAUCAGAGUCGUGUGAUGUUUUACAACAAAUCUUCGAUAUUCUAUACAUUCAGAAAUGGGUUUUUAAUCUUUGAUACGAAAUCAUUAAAAUAA